AAAGCCCUUGCCAGUAUCACAAACAGGCCACCUAUAAAUACUGCAACUUACCUCGUUUUCGCCGUCCCUCUUCAGCCAACAAUCUCUAUUUCUCUUCGCUCUACCUCUUCAUUCCUCCCAUGGCAGCCGCCGCUGGUUCUUCGGUAUCCAUGCGGUAUGCAAACAGAAUCUCUAGUCUGAAAUCAUUUUCACUUCCAAACCAGAGAAGUUUCCUGUCCUUUAGGGUGCGGCCAGUUCCAACUCGCCUUCGGGUUUCUUGCGCUGCCAAGCCUGAAACAGUAGAAAAGGUGUGUGCAAUAGUGAAGAAACAGCUGGCAUUAUCACCUGAAACUGUUGUUACUGGCGAAUCAAAAUUUUUAGCCCUUGGAGCAGAUUCUCUUGAUACGGUUGAGAUUGUUAUGGGACUUGAAGAGGAAUUCGAUAUUAGUGUGGAAGAGGAGAGUGCCCAGAGCAUCGCAACAGUUCAGGAUGCUGCUGAUCUUAUUGAGAAACUUGUUGAGAAGAAGAGUGCUUAGAAGAAAAGCUCACCAGAACUAGAAAUCUUUUUCUGCCAUUAUGCUUUUUGUUGGCCUGCUGUAGGAUUGUUCGUCAAUCUUCGUGUGCACUUUGUUUUCGAUGGUUUCAUCUAGAAAAACUCGUAAAUUGCUCAACUAUUAAUCCUUGUAUUGUGAAAUUUUGCUGGUGUAGUUUUUAUAAGAAUGAAGUCUUUCAUGCUAAA